UCACUUGUUUCAAGCAAAUCAUGUCACGGAGAACCACUCCCCUUCAGGAUGCCAUUAAUCACAUCCUUGCAAGAAGAGACAAGAAUUCAAUGUUAGAAAUCAAAUUUAUUAAUUCAGUUAAAGGUCGUGGCAUCUUCACUUUAGCCAAUUUCAAACAAGGAGACUUUGUGGUCGAGUAUAGAGGGGAGCUUAUUGAUGCAACUGAAGCUGAACACAGACGUAACCUGUACCACAGCGCAUGUUCAGUCUUCAUGUUUGAAUUCAUAUGGAAGCAGAAGACAUUGUGUAUUGAUGGAGCACUUGAAGAUGGGUCAUUUGGGCGACUAGUAAACGAUGAACACAGGACACCAAAUUGCAGAAUGAAGUUGAUUGAAGCAGAAGGGAAGCCACAUCUCUGCCUUUUUGCACUGAAGGAAAUUGCGGCAGGAAGUGAAAUUACUUAUGACUAUGGUGGGAAAGAAUGGCCCUGGCGGAAAAAGCUAAAGAUCGCAAGCAUCCCUUCUGGUCAACAGUGUGUUGCAGAGCCUAUUGCCCAUGACGUGGAGCACCAUGUGAUCUCUACAGACUCAUUCACAGACAGAGAAUUAAGAGCAGAGUGUCAGUCAUCUAGACCUACAGCAGACAACUCUGAGCAUGAGUGUACAAUUCAUAGGCUGGUAUUUGAAUCGGUGAAACUUGACAAAUGCGGGAUAUGCCAUUCACCUUUGACAGCUAUCAGAUGGCACGGUCUAAGAUGCAAGCAAUGCCGUUGUGUGUGGCAUAAGAUCUGCCUCCAGACAUCUUCAGAAGACUGGGAUAUGUCCGACGGUGAUGUCUCAUCUGAUGAAGAAUACAUCCCAAAUUCUGCAUCAGAUUCAGAAAGCUCAGGAACAGAGUUGUCUAUUGAGUUACCUGGACCAUCAAAAAACUCCCAUGCUGCUAGCAUGCCUGAUUUAUGCGUUACUUUUGCUGAAAAAGAACAGACCAUGGAUGUUAAGAACAACUUUGAGCACAUUUUGAAUGAUCUUGAAACUACUGAUGAUCUUCAUCCCGACCAAGAACCAGACAGCUCAGAGUCAUGCCAGCAGAAAACAAAAGAUGCAUGUAGCGAAAAGAGAGGAGGGAAGGUGAAGUAG